CGUGUUGAUCAACUGCCAAGCAACGCAAUUGUUUUAAAAUUAUAGUUUCAUAUUGCUUGCACUUGUCCGCACAUGAAACGACUGAAUCUGAAUUGGUAUCGUACAACCAGCUCAAACAGUGCUGUACAUGAGAGCAGUACGGAUGCAGUUUUUUAACAUUUUCUUCUAUUUCUGUGAGAUAUGUCUAGUAGUGAGGAAGAAGACGUGCUUAUUUAUUACCGAUACAAAAGACAACGAAGGCUUCGAAGAAAACUGUGGUGUCAUCCUUAUAUUGAAAGAAACAUAAACUGCAGGUUUUUCAUGGCAGCUAACCAGCUAGCCGAAACAGAUUUCAAAUUCGUGCAAUGCUACAGAAUGUCCAAAGCUUCUUACCUGGAAUUAGUUUAGCUGCUUAGCCCUUUCCUAUCAAAGAUGAACACAAAUAUGCGAGAAUGUGUGAGCGCAGAGGAAAGAAUACUGUUCACUUUAAGGUACUUGGCUACGGGUUGCACGUUUGUAUCGCUUCUUUUAUACUUCGCAAGAGGGGAGACCACAGUUGGUAUUAUCGUUAAAGAAACAACAAAAAUAAUCUGGGAUUUGCUGAAUGACACCUAUAUGCCUUUACCGACGGUUGAAAAAUGGAAAGCGAUAGCAGAUCGUUUCGAGUUCUUGUGGAACCUUCCCAACUGCAUCGGGGCAAUAGACGGUAAACAUAUCCGAAUACAGAAAUUUGCUAACACUGGUUCAGAAUACUUCAAUUAUAAAUCUUAUCAUUCUGUGGUACUUAUGGCAUGUUGUGAUGCAGAUGGACUUUUUACAAUGAUAGAACCAGGUUACGCAGGAAGAAACAGCGAUGGAGGGAUCUUCCGUGCUUCUAGAAUCAAGUACUGGAUAACACAAGGCAAUUUUGAGAUUCCUUCACCCUCCCCCUUAACGCACGAUAAAAAAAGAGUCCCAUUGCCUUACUAUUUUGUAGGGGAUGAAGCUUUUCCAUUAACACGAUAUUUAAUGAGACCGUAUCCAAAAAGAACACUAGACAACGGAUCAUUUUGUCUCCUUGGUGAUUCUGGAUAUGGAAUAUCACCAUGGCUUUUAACUCCAUUUAAACCUGCAAUAAACAGACAACAGGAAAGGUUUAACCAAUUACAUUCUCGAGAAAGGGUGACAAUAGAAAGACUAUUCGGACAACUGAAAAUGCGCUUUCCUAUACUCAGCAAUACUGUCAGAGUAUCAAGUGAGAAGGUACCGAAAAUAAUAUUGUGUUGCGCAGUACUGCAUAAUGUAGCAAAAUAUUUGAACGAUGACUUUAACCUAGAAGAAGCCUUUGAAGAUGAACCUUUGGACGAAGUAAUGUAUGAAGACGAGGAAGAUGAUGACAGAAACCAAGGAGAAGCUCCAGGUUCUGCGAAAUUAUGA